GAGUGCAACGUUAUUUCUGCUAAUUCGUAUGACGAGCAAGUAAUUCUCCUGAAUACCCUGCAGAAGCUAAACACGAAGCCGAACCAUGUCUGGACCGCUAUCUCCCAAGACAUCUCUUGAUCGUGUUGGUUCAUUGAAGAAGAAGUUGAGGAAUUCCUUGACAAGGAGUAGGAGAAGAAGCAGCAGCAAGGUCAUGUCGAUUGAAAUCGAGGAUAUCCGCGAUGCUGAAGAAUCCAAAGCCGUAGAUGAGUUCCGUCAGGCUCUUCUCUUGGACGAGCUCCUCCCAGAUAAGCACGAUGAUUAUCACAUGAUGCUCAGGUUCCUUAAGGCCAGGAAAUUUGACCUUGAGAAAUCUAAGCAAAUGUGGUCUGACAUGCUUCAAUGGAGGAAGGAAUUUGGUGCUGACACCAUCACCGAGGACUUCGAAUUCAAGGAACUCGAUGAAGUGUUGCAAUAUUAUCCUCAUGGGCAUCAUGGAGUCGAUAAAGAUGGGCGACCAGUAUACAUCGAGAGAUUGGGCCAAGUCGAUGCCACCAAGUUGAUGCAAGUCACAACCAUGGAGCGAUAUAUCAAAUACCAUGUCAAAGAGUUCGAGAGAACAUUUGAUGUGAAAUUCGCAGCUUGCUCCAUUGCUGCAAAGAAACACAUCGAUCAAAGUACAACCAUCCUUGAUGUGCAAGGAGUGGGCCUUAAGAACUUUAACAAGCAUGCCAGGGAGCUGAUCACAUCCCUUCAGAAGAUUGACGGAGACAACUAUCCUGAAACCUUGAACCGCAUGUUCAUCAUCAAUGCAGGUUCUGGAUUCAGAAUGUUGUGGGGCACUGUUAAAUCCUUCCUUGACCCAAAGACCACAUCAAAAAUCCAUGUUCUUGGCAACAAGUACCAAAGCAAAUUGCUUGAAAUAAUUGAUGAGAGUGAGUUGCCAGAGUUUUUGGGAGGCAAAUGCACUUGUGCCGAUCAAGGAGGCUGCAUGCGCUCUGAUAAGGGCCCUUGGAAGGAUGAAGAAAUAAUCAGGAUGGUUCAAAAUGGUGAGCACAAAUGUUCAAGGAAAUGUGAGGCUCCAGUCAUGGAAGACAAGACAACUUCUGAGGAACACGAGAUUAUCAAGUUGGAAGCAAAUCUCACCCCACAAUUGUCUUCUGCCUUUGCUGAGGCUGCUCCUUCCAAGAGUUACCAAUACGAGGACUUUGUCCCCGCAGCUGAAAAAACUGCUUGGAAGAAGGUAGAAGACAACGACCGAUAUGCAGUAUCGAAAGCUGAUUCAUACGCCAUGGAUUCUUUCAAUAUUCACGAGAGAGUGAACUCACAAAUUUUCACUGGCGUGAUGGCCUUCGUGAUGGGCAUAGUGACAAUGGUGAGGAUGACCAGGAACAUGCCGAAGAAGCUCACAGACGCCAACUUCUACUCCAACUUCGGUGGUGAAUACAAGGGGCAGGCCAAUAACGAACAAAUGACCGUCCCUGCAAUCUCUGCUCAAGAGUUCAUGACUGUGAUGAAGCGCAUGGCUGAGUUGGAAGAGAAAAUGAGCAACAUGAACAACCUCGCCAUCUGCAUGCCACCUGAGAAGGAGGAAAUGCUCAAUGCUGCCAUCACCCGAGCAGAUGCAUUGGAGCAAGAACUCAUGGCAACCAAAAAGGCUUUGGAGGAGUCCCUUUCUAAGCAAGAGGAGCUUUCGGCUUACGUUGAGAAGAAGAAGAAGAAGAAGAAGUUGUUGUUCGUUUGGUAAAUUUAACUGGGGUUUCGUUCUAACACUCGGCUUUCCGAAGACUUCCCAAAUGCCAUUUUAUUACUAUAUUCAUAAAAUGUUCAAAUUUUGAACACCUUAAACCGAAGCAUGUUUGCUAGCACUCAAGGAUUGGACUCUCUCAAUGUAUAUAACAAAUCUGAGUAAUGAUACAAAUUCAUUUAGAUUUUGUCUA